AGCACUGGGAGGAUUGGAAGGAGGAUUGGGACUGUGCGGACCCGGGAAGGCGGACAUGGACGGUCAGAAGUGUUCCGGGCCGCGCCAGGAGAAGAACAAGGUCCCGGACCGAGUGACCCUGAAGAAGGAGAUUGGGCUGCUGAGCGCUUGCACCAUCAUAAUAGGGAACAUCAUUGGCUCAGGCAUCUUCAUCUCUCCCAAAGGUGUCUUGGAGCAUUCGGGCUCAGUGGGCCUAGCACUCCUGGUCUGGCUGCUAGGAGGAUGCAUCGCUGCCCUGGGUUCCUUAUGUUACGCCGAACUGGGCGUCACCAUCCCCAAAUCAGGCGGCGACUACGCCUACGUGACCGAAAUAUUUGGUGGUCUCAUGGGGUUCCUGCUGCUUUGGAGUGCCGUGCUCAUCAUGUACCCCACCACGCUGGCCGUCAUCGCACUCACCUUUUCCAGCUAUGUCCUGCAGCCCGUCUUUCCCGAGUGUGCGCCUCCUUACGUGGCCACGCGCAUGCUGUCAGCCACCUGCCUCUUGCUGUUGACAUGGGUGAACUGCUCCAGCGUGCGCAUGGCCACCCGGAUCCAGGAUAUCUUCACCGUGGGCAAGCUGAUGGCUCUCGGCCUCAUCAUUGUGGUGGGCCUGGUCCAGAUCUUCAAAGGUAAAACGUCCUAUUCUGCCUACUUGAGGCUAAAUUGGGAGCUCAUAUUGUCGUUUUUCUUCUCCGCCUUUGCAGGGAACUUUGAGGCACUGAACCCACAGGUGGUUUUCUCCUUGGACAGGACACCCUCCGUGGGUCAGAUGGCUCUGGCCUUCCUGCAGGCCUCCUUUGCCUUCAGCGGCUGGAACUUCCUCAACUAUGUGACAGAGGAAGUGGUGGAGCCUAGAAGGAAUCUACCUCGCGCCAUCUACAUCUCCAUCCCUCUGGUGACUUUGGUGUACACGUUGACCAACCUGGCCUACUUCUCAUCCAUGUCUCCUGAGGAGCUGCUCUCCUCCAAUGCUGUGGCUGUGACAUUUGGCGAGAAGCUGCUGGGAAUGUUCUCAAUCGUCAUGCCCAUCUCCGUGGCUCUGUCCACCUUCGGAGGCAUCAACGGCUACCUGUUCACUUCCUCCAGGUUGUGUUUCUCCGGGGCCAGGGAGGGUCACCUUCCUAGCCUCCUGGCCAUGAUCCACGUCAAAAAGUGCACGCCCAUCCCCGCCCUGUUGGUCUGCUGCACGGCAGCCACUGUGAUCCUCUGCAUUGGCGAGACGCACAACCUCAUCAACUAUGUGUCCUUCAUCAACUACCUGUCAUAUGGCGUCACUAUCGCGGGCCUGCUCUUCUACCGCUGGAGGAAACCCGCUCUGUAUCGACCCAUCAAGGUCAGGCUGUUGGUGCCCGUAUGCUACCUGAUGUUUUGGGCGCUGCUGCUGGGUUUCAGUCUCUACUCGGAACCGCUGGUGUGUGGCGUGGGCCUGGUCAUCAUGCUAACUGGCGUGCCCGUCUACUUAUUGGGUGUCUAUUGGAAAAAGAAACCAAAGUGUGUCGAUAAGCUAAUUGAGACUGUGACCUACGUGGGCCAGAGGCUGUGUUUCGUGGUCUUUCCUCAGUUUGACCCCAUCGAGGUGGUCGACCCUUCAGAGUGGACCGAGCUAUCGUCUGACAGUUUGUCUGCUCGCUCCUAAAAGCAUCCUGUGUGUUUUUGACAUUAUUGGACUUGUCAACAGUACGCAUUGACUUUUCUUUCCCUCUCAAAAGUGCUUGACUUCAACUAGUUAGUGUCACCACAGUUUCCUUUGCAACAUCCAACAAGCAUAAAAAAAUCCUCUUAAGCCAGUAGUCUUUGCUUUCUACACAUUUUGUAGACUCAGUUAGCCUGCUAAGUUAGGCAAAAUGUACUUGAAAUGUUGCUCACUAACUGACUAACUAGUUUAGACUGUAGGAUAUUUUCUAUUGUAUGCAACCUGAAAAUAUUUCACAAGCACUUUGGUCGUCUGUGAUCCAACUCCUCACCUGUCAGAAAUAAGUAGAAGUGUGUUUUAAAAAUAAUUUCUUCAUCUAAAGAGCUAAAGAUGGCCGUUUUUUUUGGUGUCAUCAUGUUUCCUUUUUCACUGUAAAUUAUUUGUAAAGUUUUGACAGAGGAUCUUUGCUGUAAAUAACAGUAGCAGCACAAUAAAUA